GAGAGAGAGGCAUAGGAAAUAGCGAAGGGAGAAAGAAGAAUAUAAAAGCAGAGCUCUUCUCCUUGUCAUCAGCUCACAACUUUCUCGUUCUCAUUCUCUCUUCAUCAUCAUGUAAUCUCUUCCUCUCUCCCUUGAUUUCUCCAUAAUUUCUCUGCGUAGAUCUGCGCUGAGCUCUCCUAUCUCUCUCCCUCUCCAAGAUGCAGUCUUUCUUGCUUUGUUGUUACUAUUAACUGGGAGUACAAACACUGGUUGGACUUUCUAGCAAAUGGAAGCAGGUUUUGUGGAUCAGCGUGGUGAACAAUUUGACAUAGACAUGAACAACUUGACAGUUGAAACCAAAGACAGUUCUACCAAUUUCCUUGAAUUUGCUGCUAACAACGAUGUUGAUCGCUUCAAACAUUGUAUUGAGCAUGAUCUUUCGGGUAUUGAUGAGGUCGGUUCAUGGUAUGGUCGGAACAAGAAGGGGUCAAAACAAAUGGUUCUUGACCAUAGAACUCCUUUAAUGGUUGCUGCUACUUAUGGUAGCAUUGAUGUCAUGAAACUGAUUCUUUCUUUUUCUAGUGUCGAUGUAAAUCAGACUUGUGGCCUUGAUAAGCUCACCGCCCUUCAUUGUGCGGCAUCCGGUGGUUCUGAAAACGCUGUGGAGGUUGUGAAACUUCUCUUAGAAGCAGGUGCCGAUAGUAACUUGAUUGAUGCUAACGGUCAUUUUCCUGUUGAUGUUAUUCUAGUGUCCCCAAAGUUGCCUUACGUGAAAUUUAUGCUUGAGGAUCUCCUAAGGGUGUCAAAAACCACAUCAAGUUCGAGUCCUAAUUCUCCACCACUUUCCUCAUCCCCGGACAAUAGGUCCGUAUCAUCGAGUUCGGACUCAAAUUCUUCCCCCAAGAGUCCAAAGUACAACGAUGUCUUGAUUUCCUCUCCUGUGGAGAAGAAAGAAUACCCGAUUGACCCAUCAUUGCCGGAUAUCAAGAACGGCAUUUAUUCAACGGAUGAGUUCCGUAUGUUCUCCUUCAAGAUCCGACCUUGUUCGCGGGCCUACUCCCAUGAUUGGACUGAAUGCCCGUUUGUCCAUCCGGGCGAAAAUGCCCGUAGGAGGGAUCCGAGAAAAUUCCAUUACAGUUGUGUCCCUUGUCCUGAUUUCCGAAAAGGGGCAUGCAGAAGAGGUGAUAUGUGCCAAUAUGCUCAUGGCGUUUUCGAGUGUUGGCUCCACCCGGCUCAGUACAGGACCCGGCUUUGUAAAGACGGAACAAAUUGCUAUAGAAGAGUAUGCUUUUUCGCCCACAAACAAGAGGAACUGAGACCCUUGUUUGUUUCAACAGGUUCUGCCGUUCCAUCCCCUCGGUCUUCUGAUUUUAAUUUAAUGCCUCCCUCGCCAUUUACGCCACCCGUGUCUCCAUCUUCCAAUGGAAUUUCGAACAUGGGUUGUUUUCAGUCUAGUCGGUUGCAAUCAUCUUUCAAUGCAAGAGACAUUUUGGUUGAGGACUUAGAUUUGUUGUCGGAUUACGAUGUGCAACAACAACAACUGCUGAAUGAACUGUCCCGGCUGAGAGAGCCGGGAAUCAGUUCUCUCUCUUCAUACCCUCCGAGCCGUGAAGAGCUCUUUUCUGCAGAGAGCUCUUCUCCACGGUACUCUGAUCAGGCAUUGCUGGCAUCGUCGGCUGUCUUCUCUCCUACACACAAGUCUGCGGUUUUCAAUCAGUUUCAUAAUACGAAUUUCUCUCCGAAAAACAUCGAUCACCCUCUAUUGCAAGGCUCAUUCGGAGUUCAAUCUCCAGGAAGGAUGUCCUCUCGAAUAGUAGACCCCAUCUCACCAAUGAGCUCAAGGGUUCCGAUGCAACAGGAGUUUCGCAGCCUUAGUUCCCAUGAUCUUGGCUCCAAUUCUGCUGCCAUUGUUGGUCAAAACAGUGAUUCUUGGGCAAAAUGGCGAUCUUCCAAUGGCAAGCCGGAUUGGACCGUCAAUGCUGAUGAAUGUGGUAGGCUUCGGAGAUCUUCAUUUGAGCUUGGAAAUAAUGGAGGAGGAGAGGAGCCGGAUUUGUCGUGGGUUCAAUCACUUGUCAAAGAAUCUCCGCAAGAAGUAAAGGAAAAUCCUGAAAAAAUGGUCUCAGGCACUGGCAUUGGAUCCUCGGGUAAAGGGUUGGAUUUGAACUCUGAGAUUGAACCUAUCGACCAAUCAGUUCUGGGGGCGUGGCUUCAGAAAAUGCAGCUUGAUCAGCUAUAUAUUGCUCAGUGAAAUCUUGAUCACGAAAGGCAAUGCUUGUUUGGAGGUAACCAGAAUGCUUGUUUGGAGGUAACCAGUAGUGAAUACAUACCUAGUUUUUUUGGUUGGAACUUUUGGAAUUUUUUGGUGUUGGGGUAGAUGGAGCUGACAGUAACAAGGAGGAAAGCAAGGAAGAUCUAGUUCAAAAGAAAGGUUAAUUUUCUGCAUGUCAUUUUCGAUUACAGCUGAAGACUGAAGUUACAAGGGUAGAAAUUCAAUGGGUUUUUCUUAGGGGAGAAAAAAGAAGCCCUUUUCUCCCAAUAUUUCUGAUUUUAGGUCAAUAUAUAUAAUUGUCAUUUUCCCCCCUUUUUAAUUGGCUAAAUAUGCAUAUAGAAUAGAAACUGAUGUCUAUAUAGUUAAGAAAGCUCAUAUAUUGCAGCUUCUAUUCUGUUUUGGUUAAUCCAUUUGUAUAUUAUUGGGGAACAGUGGAUGAUGGUACUUUUGUUGUAUUUUGUGAUUAAUAAGAGUCUGAUUAGGGUAUAA